AUGAGUAUCAAAUUAUCCCACGAGAUCGAUAACAAUCCUGAACCAGAAGAUGCUGGCACCAUCAGAGUCACGACCACGAUCUUUGGCGAAGAUGAUGAUAACUCGACGUUCACGACUCUGUCGCUUGCCAAAGACUUCAUAGAUGAGGAGAACGACGAGUGUAAAAGCAAAGAAGACUUGAAUUACUUCUUGAUGGACGCCGGAAUCAACGACGAUCUUAUCUUUGAUGCGAUAAUAAAGCUAAUUUUGUAUGUUGAUGAAGUAACUUGUCCCACAAGUAAUGAGUAUUCUCCUGGAUGUGCUUUGAAAGUUCGGCUGGAUCUUGUUCCGGAUUAUCUUGAGUUAAAUGUGAAGAUCAAUGAACUAAGUGCUCCAUCGGUUACUAAAAAUUCUACAAGAUUAUAG